AUGCGACACAAACCUCACACGGAGAUUGGCAUGAAUUUUGAGCACAUAUGGCAGAAGACGUUGACAGUGCUGAACCCUAUGAUCCCAGCAGAUGGCAGCAUCAUGAAUGAGACCGACCACCCUAUUCUGUUCUGUAUCGCUCUGGAUGUCACUUUACUCAUGGCAGGCAAAUCCCACUUUGGCUAUGUCUAUGGGAUCAGUACCAUCGGCUGUAUGAUGAUCUACACCCUGUUGACCCUGUUGGGUUCGCUGACUGUGUCCUAUGGCUGUGUAGCCAGUGUGCUGGGCUACCGCCUCCUCCCCACUGUGGCACUUUCUACAUUUGCAGUCGUCUUUCCCCUACAGAGAGUAGGGAUCAUCGGAACGACCCUGGCCUUGUUGGCGAUUGGCUGGUGCAGUCUCUCAGCUUCCAAGAUCUUCAUCUCCACCCUGGCUAUGGAGGGUCAGCAGCUGUUGGUAGCGUACCCCUGUGCCCUGCUCUAUGGAGUCUUUGCCUUGCUAACAGUGUUCUGAAGGCCACUACUGUCACUGACUGUCAACAGAGAUCCAAUUUCUGAAGCACUACAUUGGGCAAUACAUGUCUGGUAUGGGUGUCAGUCUGGUAUUGAGUUAUAGUUAUAUAUGGAAUUUUGUUUGUAGAAUUCCUAUAUUUAAAGA